AGGUCCGAAUCGAGCCGCUAGACUCGAAUGUUCAACUCAACUCGGCUUCAUUCAUUUGCAGCAUUGGCGAGACUGUAACCAUUGCCGAUCUUUCGAGGCUGAGCUUGUGUUACAAAGAGGGCAUCCUUCUCAGUUAUCGUUGUUACUUAUGGAAUCCUCAGAAAAAACUGAAGAAGAAAAGGUGGUUAAUAGGCCUCAGAAAAUCGCAGGAACUGUAAAUUGGGGCGCUGCUACUGUAAUUGGGGUAUUUGCUGGCUUGUUGUAUGGAGGUAGCAAGGAGGCUGCUGCUUCUGUUAGCAAGGAUGCGGAGGUGAUGUUAAAGCUUGGGAGCACACCAGAUAAGCGUGAACAAUAUCGGCUCAUGAGAGAUGCUAUGGAAAAAAGAUUUAUACGAGUCACUCGUGGCUCAAUAGUUGGCGGAAUACGGCUUGGAAUGUUUACUGCAGCUUUCUAUGGAUUACAGAAUCUGCUUGCUGAAAAGCGUGGGGUGCAUGAUGUUUAUAAUGUUGUUGGAGCUGGUUCUGCUACAGCUGCAACAUUUGGUCUAAUUAUGCCAGGAUCACUCCAUUGGCGUGCGAGAAAUGUGAUGUUAGGUUCUGCUUUGGGUGCUGCAGUUUGCUUCCCUCUUGGGUGGCUUCAUUUGAAGCUUGUAGAGAAAGCCAAUGAAGGGUCUGGGACAACAGAUGGCAAUGAAGUGAAGGGUGGUGUAGGUGCUGCAAUUGAGCGACUUGAAGAGCACUUGAACAAAUAGGUUUGGUGAUCUUAAAUCCACAAGCACCGAAAUUCUGAUCUUAUGUUGGCCCGUAAGAUGGUGAUAUUAGCAAAAGGGGCUAAAAUGGACGCAAUAUGGAAAUAAAAGAGGUUUAGAGCAGACACCUGUAUUGUUUGUUCCCUCUUAAUCCACUUUCUUCCUGUCAGGAGCUUUAAAAGCUUGCUAUCUUGGCCUUUAUUUUUUCUGUUGGAGUGGAAUCUUUUUUGUAUUGCAUUAUAGGAUUGUUUUGAUUGUUGCACUCUUCAUAAAUACAUGAAAAGAGUGUGGGUCGACUUUUUGAUGUUACAAAAAUAACCAAAAGCAUGGAGAGGAUGUUGUGCUUUGUCAGGAUCAUCUCUGAUCUCCCCCUUAACUUGCCGAUAUUAUGACAGAAAUAGUUAAUUAAUUGAGUAAUUUUUUUGUUGAGGAUUAAGGUAUGUUAAGUUUUGUUUUGGUCAUUAUUGUUGUAGCUCCAGUCGGAAGGACUUUUGUGUUUUCGUGUGUAUGUAAUAGAAUCCUAGUAAGACAAGCAAAUGACUCAGUAACUGUAUAUUACAAAUUGUAACAGGUAGUCGCUAGUCUCUUAGUCUUAGUAGUAAUACUAGUAUUAUUUUUG